AUGCAAAUGAAGACAGUGCUAGCAUUUGCUAUGGGAAUAAUGUUCCAUCAUGGGGCUAUUAGUGGUGCUGAGGAGCGGCUGGUAAAGAUUGGGGCUGUUUUGUGUUUUAUUUGGAUUCUUCAUGAUACAAUGGGGUAUUUGCCAGUAAGAAAGUUUAUCUUAGGUGUAACAGCGAAUAAUCAGAGCUUCUUUAGUGGAAUGCUACUCUUCUUAGGAUGUUUAUGUGGGUUAGAGACUGUUCUUAUGUGUAUUUUGUUUCCACUAGUACCAGAAAGAGUAUCUUGGGGUUUACAACAGAUAGGCGGAGUUUUAGUAGCUGUUUCUUUGGUUUUGAUGAUUUCAUCUUUGUGGGUCUUAUCUAGUGCUGAUGUUUCAUUGUGUGUGUUUAUUGAUCAGGGGGUUUAUGCUUAUAUUAGGCAUCCUUACUAUUUAGGAGUAGGUUUGGCCUUUGUAGGAUGUUCACUUUAUCUGUGCAAUGUUGCUUCGGUGGUGAUUUCAUUUUGGGUGUUACGAGAGAGAGUUGCGGAAUUCAUUCUAGCUGAAGAGGAAUACUUGUUGGAGAAGCAUAGGAGUUAUGAGCAGUACAAAAAGCGAAUCUUCUCUGGGAUUCCAAUUGGUUGGUUGCGAAGUAAAAGCUUCCCAGACGUACCGAUGGAGAAAUCACUUGAGGGAUGUUCAGUAGAUAGUAAUAAAUGA